CUGUUUCCUGUGAGAUGAAAUCAACGACAUUGGGGCUAUUUUAGAAAAGAAAUGACUGUUUUAUGUCAUCACAUUAACACUAGACACUUUAUUUAUCAUUAGUUUAGUAACGUGGUGCAUUUCGCUCCGCCCCAGCGGCUGCUGCUCUUCUUCGCUUUAAGGCCGCUCUAAGCUAACGCAAAGAUGGCGGAAGACGAGAAGAGCGGCGAGCCUGCGAAAGACAAAAACGAGCUGCAAAUUAUGAAGGAGCUUGUGGAUGAACUGUAUAAUUUUAGAGACUGCUAUUUUGAGACUCACAGUGUGGAGGAAGCUGGAAGGAAACAAAGCGAUGUCGCACAGGAGAUAGAAAAGACUUUGAGGAAGCUGGAGGAGAAAGAAGAUCAUUUUAAACACAAAGUGGAAUUUCUGCUGCAGAAGGGCAGGUGUCUUAACGUAGCUCCCGACUUCAGCGCCGCAGCAGAAGAGUGCCUUUCCCGCGCUGUCAAGCUGGAGCCUGGCCUGGUCGAGGGCUGGAACACAUUAGGGGAGCAGUACUGGAAAAAAGGAGACCUGAUUGGUGCCAAGAACUGCUUCACUGGAGCCUUGCAACAGAGCAAGAACAAAGUGUCUCUACGUAACUUGUCUAUGGUGCUGAGACAGCUGCCAGCAGUGGACAACGACGCACAUAGCAAGCAGGUGAUGGAGAGUGUGGACAUGGCCCGACAAGCUGUCCAGCUGGAUGUCACAGACGGGACAUCCUGGUAUAUCCUGGGAAAUGCCUAUGUGUCCCUGUUUUUUACAUGUGGACAGAAUCCACAGUUGUCUCAACAAGCUCUAAGUGCCUAUGCACAAUCUGAGAAAGUGGACAGAGCUGCCUCCUGUUACCCGGAGCUGCAUUUCAACCGAUCCACUCUGUUCCAGUAUGAGGAAAUGUUCGGGUCCGCGCUUGCCGGCUACAGCCGAGCCGCGGCACUCGACCCGGGCUGGGAGGAGCCUCCAGAGAGGGAGAAGCAGCUGCUGGAGUAUCUGAGGAAAGUCACAGAACUCAUACAGAACAAGGGGAAGGUAAAGGCGCGUCGGUUACGGACGAUGCUCUCUAACCUCAGCACGUCGGCCAUGGGUCCCUGCUCGUCCCCUCAGUUCCGUUCCCCGACAGGCCGUGUGGGCAGCCUGGAGCCUCGGACUCUUUCCUCCUUCACGCAUGGUCACAACGCCGGGGUUGCCGCCCUGGGCAAGGUGGUGUUCAGCCUGGCCUCUGAGGGUCGCAUGGCCUUUACGUUUGGCAUGGUGGACAGCGAGGAGACAUGUAUAGUGGUGAUGGUUUACAACACAGCGGACAGCUGGGGCGUCCUCAUAGGAGACACUGUAGUCAUUCCUGAACCGCAGGUCAAGCGGAACAGUAUAACACAUAAAGAUGAGUCGUUUGACUUCAGAAGUAUACGAGUGGACUCUCCUCUGCUCCUCAUUGUCAACGGCAAGAAACAAAAUGUCCAAAGUCAGAUUGCUGCCUCUGUUAGUUACAAGCCCCAGAGCGAAUGAGCUCAACAAGAAGCAAGAGGACCAAAAUUUUUUCUGGUUUUUGAAGAAGAGUUUGGAUAAUUAAGGAAGUUCCAAAGUUUGUGCCUGUUUUAUGUGUUUUUGUAUAUAGAGGUCGCCCUGUUACUUUGUCUUUAGAGAGCCCGUUUGUUUAUAUUUAUAAAUGUUUCUUUUUUUGUAUUAUGUUGUUGUGGGGACAACUUGGAGUUCUUUUAGUAAAUGAAUGAACCUGUGAUAAUGACAAUAUGAUGUCAGAAUUGUGACAUUUGUUUACCCUGAAAAAAAAUUCCUUUGUCUUAAACAUAUUGUUUGUGUGGUGUCUUAAAACAGCAGUUUUCAAAGUGGUGGGACGUACUAGUAGUAUUACAUUAAUUUAACAGUAGGCCUUUUUCACAGCAGCAUUUGAACUUGAUAGGCACAUGAGACAGUAAUUUGAUUAUUUACACCUCUUUUCCUACUGUGACAUGGCAAAAUGUCACAGUAGGGCUACAUUGUCUGGUGUCACUCACAUAGUAGAAAACCAACUGCCUUGGUUGUUUGUUAUGCAGUAAAAAAAACUUCCCAUUACACUCAGUAUCGACGUCUGGACCUCAGUAGGUCUCCUUAAACUUCCAGUCAACAACCAGCCAGUUGCUCAGGUUUAACCCAGAUUGCUGAAAAUUCAACAAACCCAAGUCUUCUGCUUUGUGCAACACCACAAAUCAAAUUGUUUACACUGUGUAUAGCGGACCACCUACUGUUAUUCAUUUAGCAAUAUAUGUGUACUGUAUCAGUAAAGUAAAAUGUAUGAUUUAAUUUAAUUUUUUUUUACUAUAAAAGUCAAUGUUAAGUGCUUUGUUUUUUUGGGGGGCCUAAAACAAGUAAUCCAUUGUCUUUACUGAGGUUAUUACACAUGAAUAUACUUAAACGAACACACUGGAGUCCUAAUUGGAUUAAUUGCAAACAGAGAAGUAAACAGAAGACUGUGAGGCAGGAGUCUGUAAAUUAAAGAGUAAAUUGUAUUUACAUUGUCAAAGUUCUUCUUCACACAAACGAAUGCUUAAGUAGAGACCAGGACUAAAAGUUUCACUGCUAGUUUGAGUUACAUUGGCCAAAAACACAUUUAUAGUUCAAAUGACUAUAAACACUAUUCACUCAGGGCAAACACGCCAACUAAAUUAACACUAAAACAACACAACAAUUUCUUAACAUAUAUAAAUAAAUGUAGUCAAGUUAGUGUUUUAACAGUCACUAUGACACCUGGUUCCCGGUCUCAGUGCUUCUUGAUGAAGGGCUGGCCUCUCUCCCUGGUGGGGGAGCUGAACUGGAAGAAGGUCUUGGCUCCAUCAGCCUCAAGGCAGGAGAAGAAUCUGCUGUCCCCAUCGUAGCCCAUGGAGAGGAACUGAGGGCUUCUCUGGGGAGUCGCCUGCCGAGCCAUCCCUGGGUGACAUGUAGGGGGUUGUCGGAUGUCUCUCAUUGUUAUACGGAGUAAAAUUCCCUUACAUAGACAAUCAGCUCAUUACACCUACUGUUCUUCCUUGAUGACCGCUUCUUCUUGACAAAACACCUACAGCUGUGUCUUCCUUUGUGUCAUUCAACAUUAUUCUCUGUGCUUCCUUCCUAUUCUCAUUAAUCACUGUGGGUACAACUAAUUUAAUAAAACUCUCAGACAGAAAAACA